UUCAAUCCCAUAGUGGUUACCGAAGCUUCGUCUGCACUGUUUCCUGUUUGUAACUGCAAACAUUUAAACUGCAGUUUAAGUUCCCAGAUCAACUCAUAGUUGGGUCAAGAAGCACAAGUCCUCAAAGCCUGUGACACUGUCAGCCUUGAACCUCAUCUUGUCCUAUUUGUUCUUUCAGCAAAAAAUAGAAAAGAAAGAAAUGGGAAAUUCAGAGUGUACCUAUGUUUGGAUAGGUUUUGCUUUCAUAACGGCAGUUAUGAUUAUUUCCUUGGUGAAAAAUAUUUCAUAUUACAUGCAAGAAAAGAAACGAGAUAAAGCAUACAAAGAUGUUCCAGAAUACAGUCCAAGCCACAGAGAAUUUUAUACUGAAGAAUGCCCUGUUUAUGAUAACCUCACUCACCAUCAACAAGAUAUUCUAAAUGAAAGUUACUAUGAACAAAUGAACGCCCAUUCUCAGACAUCCAACAAUGAAGUGCAGCCAGCAGCUGAGCGUCAGAUGUGCUAUGCUUCCCUUGAUCACAGUGUCAAAAGAAAACACAAAAACCUUCGAAAAAAGAAAUAUCCUCCAUUAGAAUCAGAUGAAGACCAGCUUACCAGAAACUGCUCCAUACCCUCAGACACCUGUAUUUAUCUCAAUAGUGAACAGCUGAGCAUUGAAAACAAAGUUUCUGAAGACUCUUCCUGCCAGUUAUGAUCCCUUAAGUUUGUUUGGUUCAAUUAACACUACAAGUGCCAAAUUUCAGCUGGGACAUGGUUAAGCCAAAUUAUUGCAGUUGAUGAAAUAUAUAAUUUUACUAUGUGUAAAUAAAUAGCCAGUAACAGCAAUUACA